AUGUUUGCUUGUCAUAACUCAGAUACAUCUGUAAAUCCUACAGAAUUAUAUUUACAUGAUUUGCAACUGUACAAAUAUUACCCAGUAGGAAAUUUUUCAUUGAAAGAAUUAGAAUCAAUAUGUAUGCAACGUUUAGAAGUUCUACUGUUUGUAGAAAGGAUAUAUUUAGGAACUGAUUUAGUUGAAACGCAUAAAGUUUUUCUUAAAUAUGGUAUGGCUUUUGUACCUGAAAAAGAAUUAGCUGGAUUAUGUUUUGGUUACUUCAAGGAAAAUUUAGCUGAAGGUUUAGAAUCCAUGCCAUUAGUUGCAAACGAUGCAGUAAAUGAUCCUAGAAUCAAUAAAAUUUUUAACAUGUUAACUGAGUAUAUUAAUAAGGAAAAGGAUAUAAUAAAAAAAAACUAUGUCCCAUCGCUAUCAGAAUUAGACGAUAUGUCAAAAAAGUCUUAUCCAUUAUGUAUGAGAAUAAUUCAUGAAAUGCUAAGGAAAGAUCAUCAUCUUAAAUAUGGAGAACGUAAACAGUAUAGUUUAUUUUUAAAAGAUAUUGGAGUUACUUCAGACGAUGCCAUGGAACUUUGGAAACAAGAAUUUACAAAAAAAAUAAAUGAAGCAACAUUUGAAAGAGAGUAUGGAUAUCGAUUAAGACACAUAUAUGGCGAAGGAAAUAUACGGAAAACUUAUACCUGUUUGAAAUGUUCAAGUAUUAUCAAUCUUAAUAUAAAAUCAACAGAAUCUUAUGGUUGUCCAUUUAAACAUCUAACAAAUGCAUCACUUACACAAAAAUUAAAUGAGUACGAAUUUGUACUUGAAGAUAUUGAAGAUAUUGUAAAAUUAUCAUCAAUGAAAAAUUAUGAAGGAGCAUAUUAA